UCUUGGGGCUGAGCGCUGCCGUUUGAAACGCGUCCACAAAGGAAGUAGUCAGAGAGCUAACCAGUGGUGGGUUAGGACAAGAGAGUGAAAAAACACAAUAAUUUAAUGUUGCUUAAGUAUAAAAGACGGUUAUGAUUCUGGUUAGAAGCAAAUGCAGUCGUUGGGACUUCAAAAUGUUGAACAGGUAGGCCGGCUGAUCAGCUAAAAGCGCUCAUAGAGACUGUACAGGAGCAGCACAGUGAACGUGUUUGAAACAGCCAAGAGCAGGUAUCGGCGCUUUUCCAGGUGAUUGGCUACGCGUUUAUGUUCACACAGUGAACGACGAGUGUAAAAAUCGCUGUAUUAGUCGAUAAAACGCAUUUGCUUUUGCAUUUGAAGCUCCUGCUUUUAAUGAACAGUCCUGCAAUGGAGUGAGGCUGGAGAAGUCUAACUCGCGUCGCGUAGUGGAGCUGAUCUCUGCGUUUGCAUUCAGUUGUAUUCUUGUUUGCGACGAGUCGGUGUGUUAAACUUAGUCAUAAUAAUAGUAAGAUUCAAGAAGAAGCGAUAUGAAGACCGCCGAAAACAAUCUGAUGCGUCUGGCAGCCGUGCAGCACCUUCGAAAAACCUUCGGCAUCAAGACGAAGAACUGGAACAAAUGCAAAAGCAGCAAGGCCACGCCAGGCAACACGGCAAAGGUCUUUGGGGUGGCUUUGGAGAGUUUACCACAUUGUCAUGUGCUUGACUAUGGAGACUUACCAUGCUUCCUCGUGGAUGCUUGUACAUGCCUCCUGGGGCAUUUGGACACAGAGGGCCUGUUUAGAAAAUCUGGUUCUAUUGUUCGAGUGAAGGCACUAAGGGUAAAGUUGGAUCAGGCAGAAGAGUGCCUGUCCAGCGCACUACCUUCAGACAUAGCUGGACUCCUGAAGCAGUUCUUCAGGGAGCUGCCUGAGCCUCUUCUGAGCGCAGACCUACAAAGCAGCUUUCUAAAAGCCCAGGAGCUGCCCACUUCAGAGAAGAGGACUUCAGCAAUCCUGCUGUCCUGUGUGUUGAUGCAUGAGAAUUUAAACACACUGCGCUACUUCUGCAGCUUCCUGAAAAGGGUUUCUCAGAGAUCUGCUGAAAACAAGAUGGACAGCAGCAAUCUUUCUGUUAUUUUCGCCCCAAACCUUUUUCAUUGGGGUGAGGGAACAGAGAAAGUGAAUGCUAACACAGAGAAAAGACUAAAGCUUCAAGCUGCUGUUGUGCACUGCCUCAUUGAUAAUGCUGAGGAUCUAGGUGUGGUGCCAGACUUUAUUUUGGCCAACGUUCCAGCCAUGCUAGGUGGUGAAUCUGGAGUGUCUUCCCCUUCAGAUGCUGUAGAGCAAGGAAGCACACCAUCAGGUGUAAAGAGGUGCAGGCGAAGUUUUGGAGAUAUGGUAAAUGGAGCUCUGACUAAGUUAAAAAGUAAUAGAACCCCUUCAGAUACACCUCAGCCUGAAGGAACAGUCAUUUCCUCUGGUACCCCUGUUAUUGGAACCCCAAAGCGCAAACUGACUCUAGAGCAAGAACAUAGUUGUGGACUCUCUAACAAGAAGCGCAGGUCUAUCAAGAACCUCGGACUGGAACUUCUACCAAAUGCCUUUUUUGGAGGAAACUUCACACCUGGAUCAGUCCACAGUGCCUCGGGAACCUUGGAUUCAUGUGGCUCGCCCUCAGUCAGUAAAAAUAGCCGUCUGACUGCCAGCUCUGCAAGAAGAAAGAGCAGGAGACUGAACCAGAGAAACCUUAUUAACAGAGCUGAGUCAGGAAAAGCUGGUUGCUUUUCUCCAAGGGUGGCCAAGAAAGAGAGUAUGAGAAAGUCCUUGCGUCUGCGCUUCAGCCUCGGGAAAACCAACCGAGAUUGUAGUGUCAUUUCAAAUUCUCAACCGGUGCCAAAAGGGUCAGAGGUCAUUGGCUGGCGCCUAGCGACACAAGAGAGCGUCACCGCUUUUCACUUCAAAGACGGUGCAUUUAGCCCAGCUGUACUGGCAAACAGUGCUACAGAAGGAACCAAAUACCAAUUCGGUGAACCUGAGCACAACCUACUGACCCCUUGUAAGGUGAAAGAGCCCGGGACGUCCUGGAGCAGGGAAACCCUAGAUGAAAUCACAGAACAUUCUUUCUCUGAUACACCAAUGAAAGAGUAUCUCAGCUACCGCUCUGGACCAACCAUAGUCAUCAGCAAACCAGCCAUAAGCAGCAGCAUUCCAAAGAGCCUCUGCUGUGUUACUAGAGCUGAGAGCUUGACUAGUUCAGAUUCUUCCCAAGAGGACUGCUCUCAGUCAGCUCCUAGUCUUCAGGAAGUCGGGGAAGCUCUCGUUGUAUCUGACAGCAAGUGUCAUACUAGUGACGAAGAGAAAACGGGGGAUACUUCUGUUGCGAAAGAUACCCCUGAUUCUUUAUGUUCCUCUUCACUUUUACAAAAUUCAGGUGAACUAAAGAAUAAUGUUGAAACACCACAGAAAGUUCUAAAGGAGAAUGAUUAUAAUAUCUCUUUUGGACAAAUCGAACUCGUUCCAUUGUCUCCUCUGCACAUAAACAGUACACUGUUUGAAUCUGCAGAUAGUUCAGUUUUAGUCAAAGAUGCUCACAAGGCCUCAGUAAGUGAUGACAAUGAGAGUGGUUUCCUGUUUAGAGACAAUUCAGCAGCUCCUGCAGACUGCAGCCAGCUGAUUGAUGCCCUGGACAUCCAAAGCCCUGUUGCUUUCAGGCUAAACAGCUUACUCACAGUUCAGUCUACACCAUUUUCGGAACGAGAGCAAACCGGAGUGCAAACUGAGGAGCUCAAUAAAUUGAAUUCUGAGAAGGCCAAACAGCCGCUUUUGUUAGAAAAAAAUUCCUGGUCUUUAAGUCAGCAUACAGACACGCUUGGUCCAAAGGCAUCACGUCAGAUGAGAGUGGCUGAUCAUGUCCAGCGUUUCAACAAGCUGACUAUCAAUUCGCCCAAUGUCAAAACUCGUUCUCCUUUGAAGUUCCAAAGGACACCGGUACAGCUGUCAGUCCAGAGGUUCAACUCCCUGGUUCAGAGGAAAGACUCGAGGUAUGGGUGGUGCACAAGAAGUCAAGGAUCCUCAAUUAAUAAAGCAGUUAGUUUAGAUGGAGGUAAUUUCCAGGAAAUUCAACAACCUCCUCAACCUGUCAUGGUCUGCUGCACACUGCCUAGUAAUAACAUCUCUUCAAAGCCAAAGCUCCCAGAGUCUCCCCAAAAGUCAUCCAACAGUAAGCAUUGUGUUUUGGGUGACGUAACCAAUAAAGUGGACCCCAAGGCUAAGAACACCAGAACAGCCCAAAAAUGUCCUGCAUCUGAAUCUGUUAAGUCUGUCUUGCUUCAAGCAGAGGAGAAAGGUUACCGAGGUUCACCCAAGAACCCCCUUACACACGGCGCACUUCUCACUGCUACGAAGCCAAUAGAUCUAUAAAAUGACGAGUCAUUUCAACUUAUUGCUUUACAAUUCUAUUUCAGGGGUCUUAAUUUAUUUCUUAUGAAAUUUGAUUUGGGGCGAUACUUAUUUUUUAGUUGUGUGUGUGUGUGUGUGUGUGUGUGUGUGUGUGUGUAUAUUUCAUUUAGUUCAGCCAUGACAUUUUUUGUCAUGGGCCAGAAUGUGAAAAAUGUGAUCAAUAUUCAGGGCUUUAAUACUGCUGCAUCUUCUAUACACCCAAAAAAGACAGUUAAAAAAAAAAAAAAUCGGUCUGAACAUUUUUUUUUUUUUUUUUUUUUUUAUAUAUAAAUUUAGCAAAAUCUAAUUUUUAAUGUGUAAAGGCAGAGGGUUGAGUAACACCCUUAAGAAAGUGAAGCAAGUGAAAGAUUGAACGUAGGAGGUAAAAGUGUAAAGUGAGAGGAUAAAGAGUUGCUGUAUGCAUUUUACAUGGUUCUGUAUGUGACCUGGAUGGAAGGAUUUUGACUGUGGUCCUGUUGGAGUUUUAUUUAUUUACUUUUUUUAUUUCAAAUGUUAUGGUUAAAGUCUUAAACAGUGAUUUUCAUGUGAGUGGUAAAAAAAAAUAUUGUUGUGUGUCAAGAUUGCUUUUCAUGAAUAGAACAAUUCAAAAUGUUCUUAAUCUGUUAUGUAUAAUGCUUAUGUCAUGUAGCUUUGUAUAGGCAUAAAAAGCCAUUACAAACCAA